AUGUGCCGAGUUGACAAACAGCGUGGAGCUAGCCAAGAAAGUGGACUGCUUAGUUAUGCUAAUCCAAACUACCAAUUGAAUUCUUCUGAUGAGAAUUGUAAUAUAGAAACUAUUGAUGAAUAUGAUGAUUUAUAUGAAGGAAUAGAUAUUGCUUGCAGAGUGUCCAGACGACCGGGUAUUCGGAAUAGGCGCAAAUAUGCUAGUUUGGAUCCCGUGUCUAUGGGUGUGGACCUUGACUUAGAAACUACUCCAAUGCUUACCACAGAUACUGAAAACAACUUAAAUCAGGCAGAGAGUGUUUUACCAAGACAAGAACAAUUUUUUAAUGACAAUGGUAAUUCAGUUUUUGACUCAAAUGAGAACAAAGACAUGGGAAGAAAAUCAAGUUUCUUAGAUUAUUAUAUUAGCCUUGAAACAUCUUCACAGAAACAAAAAAACAUACCUGCCUUUCAAACUGUAUGCAACUCAGAUAGCUCUUCACAGAAGUCACCAACACCAUCAUCUGCUGAUAAAGAUUAUGUGACCGUUGAUGCAAAAGGACAGAUUCACUCAGAUGGAGUUUAUCAUGUUCAAAGUCCAUUUUCUGAAGAUUCUUGCUCGGUUCCUCACAAAACGUGUAUUUUAUCACAUGAAGAAAAGCCUAGUUCCUUGUUAAAUAUCCCUGUUAGAUUCAAUGGUUCUUCUAAUUCUGAAAAAGUUUCAUUCUCAGAAUCAGAUGAUAAUGACUUUCUGCCUACAGGUUGGGAAAAGCAUGAAGAUGAUAGUGGCCCAUACUAUUGGCAUAUCAGUAGUGGAACAAUACAGCGUGAACCUCCUGUUAGCAUGGAUUGUAAUAAAACUCCAACAAGAAUGGCCAAAGAUUUUGAUCUGAUGACCACAAGAAAUGAAUUCUGUGCAAAUUCCUAUAAAACGUCCUCAUGCUCUAUUAAUCUUGCAACUGAUUCAACUUGCAACAGCAUUUUAAGAAUGAGUUCCAUCGACGAGAAACUUAAGAGAAGAAGUUGUCCUGAUGGAUCAUGUAGCUUAACUCAAGAUAAAAGGCCUAUUCGAUUUGCUGUCAGAUCACUAGGAUGGGUAGAAAUUGCUGAAGCUGAUUUGACUCCAGAAAGAAGCAGCAAAGCUGUAAAUAAAUGUAUUGUUGAUUUAUCAAUGGGAAGAAAUGACAUUCUUGAUGUUGUUGGACGAUGGGGUGACGGUAAGGAUUUGUUUAUGGAUUUAGAUGAUUAUUCAUUAAGGUUAAUGGAUACUCAGGAUUUAACUGUAUUGAACACCCAACCCAUUCAUACUAUUAGAGUUUGGGGAGUUGGUCGUGAUAAUGGGAGAGAAAGAGAUUUUGCAUAUGUGGCUCGUGAUCGUGUUACAAAGAAACACAUGUGCCAUGUAUUUCGUUGUGACAUACCAGCACGAAUCAUUGCUAACACAUUGAGAGACAUCUGCAAAAAGAUAAUGAUUGAAAAAAGCCUUCAACGCAGCAUGGAGAAAGGUAAUGAAGCAAUAUUGCUGAAGAAGAGUGAAAAUUCAAACAGUUUGCGUGGAACCCCUACAAGGCCUACUGACUUGCCUAUGGAACAGCACCAGUUUCAGCAUUCAGAUUCUAAUACUUACACUGGUCCAUUUUUCCCUACACCAAUGGAAGAACCAAAAAAGGUUCUGAAAGUGCAUUAUCUGGGAUCUAUCAAUGUUAAAAAGGCCACUGGAGUUGAAAUUUUGAAUGAUGCUAUUGAGCAGCUUACGUCUUCACUACCAUUAUCUGAAUACAAAUAUGUUAAUGUUGCUGUAGCUCCAUCUACAAUUACAAUAUCAGAACUAGGAGAAGAAGGAAAGCAGUUAGCUGAAUGCCGAGUGAGAUUUUUAUCAUUUCUUGGGAUUGGCAAGAAUGUUAAGAAUUGUGGGUUUAUAGUUCAUACUGCUCAAGAUGAUUUUGUAGCUCAUGUUUUUCAUUGUGAGCCUUCAUCAGGAGCACUAUGCAAAACUAUUGAAGCAGCUUGUAAAUUACGUUACCAAAAGUGCUUAGAUGCUCAUAGACAAGAUGCUGAUCGAAAAAAAAUGGAAGCACAAAGAAAGGGUUUAGGAACAACUUUAAAAAAUGCAUUUGGAACAUUUUUUCUAACUCGACUGACGAAGAGCGCUGAAACAUGAAAACAGAAAAUUGCUUUUAGACAAA